GCCCAUAGUGGGCUUGGCUGAGCGGAGGGCCUGCCGCUCUCGCUGCCGACUGGCGGUGGGUUAUCUAUCAUCGGGGGGUGGAAAUGGAGACGGAGACGGAGACGUUGUUGCAGGAAGCGCACGAGAGCAUCGAGGCGGCGCGUACCUACCGCCGUGAGCUGCAGCAACGCCUCAAAGGGCUGCACCUGGCUCGCCAGCAGAUCAAAAACAGUGCUGCACAAACCCGGGAAGUGCUGGAACAACAUUUCAGUGACUUAAAAGGGACCUUGAAGAAGUUGCUGGAUGAAAGAUUGGCCUCCUUGCUCCAGGAAGUAGACAACAUAGAACAGGAAAGUAUCAAGCCCUUGGAUGAGUGCCAGAAGCUCAUAGAACAAGGAGUUGGGACAGCCAAUGAACUUGUCCAGGAAGGUGAAAAUGCCAUUUGUGGAAUUACAAGGGACAACAGUGACAAACUGUGCAGUUUUACAAAAAAGGCUUUGCAUAUUCAGCUGGACAGUUUACCUGAAGUGCCAUCGCUGGUUGAUGUGGCUAGCUUAUCUGCUCAAUGGGAUGACUCCUUUUUUACAAUAAUGAAAAGCUACAUCUUCAGCCAUGGAACAGUAGCAUCUCGACCUCCGAUACAAAUAGAAGAACUGAUCGAGAAGCCUGGAGGCAUCUUAGUACGAUGGUGCAAAGUUGAUGAGGACUUCAUCCCACAAGACUACAGACUUCAGUAUCGCAAGAGUACCACUUGCCAUUUUGAAGAUGUGUACGUUGGUUCUGACACAGAAUUCACGGUGUUGCACAUCGAUCCCAACGUCGAUUAUCAGUUCAAGGUUUGUGCGCGGGGAGACGGCCGUCAGGAAUGGAGCCCGUGGAGUGUUUCUCAGACCGGGUGUUCCACAUUGGUGCCUCAUGAAUGGACUCCAGGUAUUGAGGGCUACAGCUUGAGCAGCCGAAGGAACAUAGCCCUUCGAAACGAUUCGCAAGCAGGUGGAGUGCUGUAUUCCAAGGCUCCAACUUAUUGUUGUGGUCAGACGCUGACAUUCCGAAUUGAAACAGUUGGCCAGCCAGACAGGAAAGAUAGUAUUGGAGUUUGUGUUGAGCAGCUGAAUGGCUAUGAUUCUUUGCAACGGGAUAGAGCUGUGUGCAUUAGUACCAAUGGAGCUGUUUUUGUCAAUGGAAAAGAGAUGACCAACCAGUUGCCUGCAGUGACUUCAGGGUCAGCUGUAACCUUCGACAUGGAAACUGUGAAUUUAGGCCCUUGCAAUAAUAAUAAUGGGGGGAACUUCAAACUCAGAGUGACAAUUAGUUCCAACAACAGGGAAGUGGUCUUUGACUGGGUACUUGAUGAAUGCUGUGGCUCUCUGUAUUUCGGAUGCUCCUUCUCCUAUCCCGGCUGGAAAGUUUUGGUAUUCUAACUCUUAGACUGAGAAGUAGUAGUUGUCUUUCGGUGGUGUCAUUCAAAGGGUUUGGACUCCAAUGACACAAUUAUUUGCUCAUCCAGGCUGUUAGAUCUGUGUGUCUUUGGUAUACUGCUCUUGGUUCAGUGAGCUGCUUGAUGCCACUUUUCUGAGAGAUAAACUUUACUUGAACUCUGUCUUCUCUACUGGAUUCACCUGAAAUUUUGGUGAAACGCUGAGUAACCUGGAAAAGUUAUGUAAGCUGUUGUGUUUGCUAUCGACAUCAUGCAUUUUGAGUAUUCUUUUUUUUUUUUUUUUUUUUUUAGAACAGCUCUCUCCGUUUGGAUGUUCUCCAGAGGGCCUGGACAUGAUCUUCCACAAUCCCUAGUCAAGGACUUAGUGAAAGGGGGAUUAUAGGAGUUGUAGUCCAUCUCUGGAGAUCACCAAGAGAGAGUGUGGUCUUGGAAGAAAAAGAUAGAGAUGAUUCUGUUACUGUGGUCCUGCUAUCAAUGCUUGGUUAUGCUUUACUAAGUUUUCCUAGUGUUAUUCUUUGGCUCAGGGUUAAUGGACCAAAACUCUAUGUAUGUUUUCCUAUUCAUCAGAGUUCGGUACUGAAAUGCUGUACCUCAACCUGCUCUUGCCAAAAGCUUUCUGUCCACUGGGCAAUAAGAACUUUUGGCCUCUACAUUAUCCUUUUCCUUCAGUGCCUUGCUAUUUACUGCAGAAGAAAUCUGAGCCGAAACAUUUUUUUUUUUUUUUUUUGGCGAGCGUAUGAUACCGACGUGCCUUAGUUUGAUGCUCCUGUUGAACAAUAUUGCACACGUGAAAGAGAAAAUUUCAUUCAUGGCAUUUGUCACUUAAGCGGCAUUUUCCCCGCUCCUCUGUGCUCAUUGCAGUGCUUUCUAUAGCUUGUGCCUUUUUCAAGAUGAUAUCAACACAGUCCCAGGAAAUAUUUAAGGCGCAGAUGUUUUAGACCUUUCCUGAACAACUUGUACGGAGCCUAGAGUUUUGUGUAGCAAGUAAGUUAUGUUUGCCGCACCUGUCUUUACCUAGACUUGCGUUCAGAUAAAUUUUAUAGAAAUGGGGGUCAGGCCAACGGUAUGCAAGCCAACUUGCAAACGAGGAGGUACCAUAUAGAAAAGAACACAUUGUAGAGCUCUCUUAUCAUGCUUUUUAGACUUUGGUUGACGUAACCAAGUUAGCAGACGAGCCAGGUACUAACUUUAAGCAGAGACUAACAGCUAAAGCAUUCUUGCUCUCAGCCUCUGCAGUUAAUCACCAUUUUGCUGUUUUGACAUGGGCAAGUGAAUUCCCUCUUUUUGGGAUCUCCUUUGUAUGAUUAAAUUGCUGGCAUGCCCAUCUCCCAAAAUGGGGGAACCCUGUUUUGGCAGCUGUUUUCUUGCAAUAAGGGUAUCCCAUUAAGUAAGAUUGGCAACUAGUUUCUUUCUUAAACUUUAAGUCUUCGAUCCCAGGCUGCAGUCCUUAGCUGGUACCCCAUCUGAUAAGUAAGCAAAGAAAAAAACUGUUGAUAAAAAGAAGAGCAAAAUUCCUCCCUUCCCUUCUUAUAUGAUGGGAUUCCCAGCUAGGAGUUACUCCGGUUUCAGCACUAAGUAAAAGUUGUCGCAUUAAUAUCUGAUUAAUGGGUAGUAGGUCUUUUGGUUCAGGAAUAUGUAACACAAGGAAUAUGUAACCUUAUCUUGUCUAUUGCAAUCUGAUGUUUUCUAGAUAUAUUUCACUUCAUUUCCUGUUGGUUAUUAAAAUUAUGGGGUUGAAGUCCCAAUAUAUCUGGAGGCAGAAUUUUGGGGAAGGCUAACGGAAUACUCUGGAGCAGAAUCUAAAUAAAAAUGGUUAGCACCUCCUCCCCAUCUCAAGAUAUCCUGUAAGAAGCUGGGAUUUAAAGAUGUUAGAAUCCUACCUCUGCCCUUCCCCAGUUUAAAAUCAAGCCAUACCAAAAUUCUUCUCUUGUACUCAGAUAAAUCACCACCUUGCCUUAUGUUCAUGAGAAUAUAGACUGGGAAAGAAUAUUAAUGUAUUAACGUUCGUUUUUUAGGAACGUCAAAUGCAAACCAGAUCAUCCAUAUACUUUUUCUCUCUUAUUAUUGAUCUCUGUGAAAAUUUAUCUGAGCAUAAAACAAAACUACCCUCCUCCCCCCAAAAAAGAAUGAGAUACUUUAGUUCACCUUUAGCUUUGUAUGUUCAUUAUAUGAUGGUAGGUUGGAAGUUUUAGAAUGCUACACAUAAAUCGGGAUUUGCAAAGGUAUUCAGACACGUAUGUAUGCAGUUUCCUCUUCUUGAAAGAUUGCCACAGGACAUUUGCAAUCUCAUGUACUGUAUACCAUACAAAAUGCCUUUACAAUGUUCUAAAAUAAGUAACUUUUUUUUUACAUCUAGUGACAGAUGGAAUGGAGGACAUAAUCCAAAUGUUCUACUUUUAGAAGACAAAAAAAUGUAAAUCAAAAUUUAAAACAGCUGGAUACUAUCCAGAUGUCUGGGUCAUAGUUCUUAUCCUUUCCUUGGAUAGAGUAAGAUCUUCAUUUUUGAAUAUACCACAGACCUCUGUCUUGUAUGAGGAAGGCAUGUAGAUGCUGAGCUAAUAAGGAAUUUUUUUCCCAUUUCUUAAACUUUUGUAAAAGCUUUUUUGCUAUAGCAAUAGAAAUUUGUUCCCCCAGCAAAGGCUGACUUUCUGCAGCUGGAGAUGGAAGAGAAAGAGGAAAUAGAUUUUAUCUCUUGAGAGGGUAAAGGCUGGUUUUGAGAAAAAAAAAAGCUAUGAAACAGGAAAGCUACCUUGAACUUGAUACGAGCAGCAAAAAUGUUCAAAAGAAAUCGAAUCAGUAUUUUAGAGCCAUAAGAAUUCUGAAAAAUUGGAUUCUUUGUUCAGACAGUAUUCAUAUGAGGUGGCAAUACUUGGAGGCAAAGUUAGCAUGCAAUUAUGUUUUGUAUGCACUUGUAUGUAUUUACCUCAAGAUACUUUGUAUCAUGACUUUUUAAUAAAGAUUUGAUUUUAUUGUACCCUA